CCUACGACAACACAGUAAUCAGCAAUGGCGCGUGUUACGCGCGGGUGUAGUUUGACAGUCUCCUAACAUCGCCGACAAAAAUGGCAGACAAGGACAGUUCAUCAGGGGGUGGAUCCCAGGAGAAUCUGGCCAUCGACGCCAUAAACCUGGACAUCGAGGAGCUGGACGAUGCUGAGUACGCGAUACCUGCCUUGGAUCAUCUGCCAACCCUGGAGAGCAUUCUCACCGAGCAGGAUACCGGUGAAUUAUCGGGAACCGAACUGGACAUUGGUGCAGCAUCGGUGGAGGCAGUAGACGGCAGUGAAACAACCAGUGUCGGUAGCCUACUCUCCCUCAAUUCCCUGAAUAAACCAACAGCCCGAAAUCCCGAGAUACCCCUGUCCGGGGUAAUCAUGAAGCAUGCAAUAAUGCGGGGUAUUACGUCGCAAAUAAAAUCCGCUUCGGAGAAGGUGAAUGCUGGAUUGGCAAGUGCCGUUGCCGCUGGUGGAGAUCUCCUGAUAGUUGGGACAAGUCAUGGUCUCCUUUUGGCUUUUGAUUCGAAGCAAACGUUGAGGUGGUGCAAUCAGGAGGCACGCCACCAAGGGGCGGUCUCCUCCCUGGGAUUCAAUCAUGAUGGGACACGACUGCUCGCUGGCUACGCACGAGGUCAUAUCCUCAUGAUUGACAGCUCGAAUGGAAAGGUCUUGAGAACUUUAACGGAGGUUCAUCCACCUGGAACAGCUGUCCUCCAUGUCAAGUUCACAGACUCGCCGACGCUUGCCCUUUGCAGUGACAGCGGAGGCUCGGUCUUUGAACUCAGCUUUACCAGGGUCAUGGGGGUUAGGGGAUGCGACUCCAAGUGUCUCUUCAGUGGAUCACGAGGGGAGGUCUGCACGAUGGAGCCCCUUUUGCUUAAUAAUUUACCUCGGCAUCCGCUGAAGAACUAUACACUUGUCGCCCUGGCGACACUAUCCAAAGUCAUUGUCGUCUGCAUUCGACCGAGGAUGAGGGUUGUCCUGACCCAUCCUCUGUCGGGGCCGGCGGUGGCUCCGCCUCAAGUGUCCUGGCAGCUGGUGGUCAUCCAAGCACCAGAUGCCACGCGGGUCAUCGAUCCAGUUCUCGCUCUGGCCAGGGACACAACAGUUCAUUUUUAUCAGGUGUGUUCGGAGGCUGGCUCCAGAGUUAGACUGACACCUUUGAGGAGAAUGACUUUGCCAUAUACUAUCAGCAAUCUUCGGUGGCUAAACACCAGAUCACUUGCGGUUUUGGACACCCAAGAACGUCUCCAUCUGAUCGACGUUCGAACGCAGGAAGAUUUGGAGACGAUCGAUAUGAAUCCCGUGGGAAUUUCCUAUGCAUCGAGUCACUUUAAGGGUCUCUCCACGGGUGGUAAUGUCUCCAAGGCAAUGGCACUGGCUGGAGAACGGGCGUGCUACAAUAGCGUCAUAACUUAUGGGAACCAACUGCUGUUGUUGGGAACCAGAAGACUUCAUGUCGUGUUCAUUAGGACGUGGUCCGAACGGCUGCGAUAUCUGACGCUUCAGAAAAGAUACCCAGAAGCCCUUGCUCUAGGACUUGCAUUUCACCAAGAUAAGGGGAAGGCUGUAGUGGGUCUGAGUGGUCUAAAGAAAGUUCGGAAACGGUUGACCUUCAUUAAGACGAGUGAAGUACUGCUGCAGUACAUGCACGAGUUCAUCAGGCCACCAGGGGAGUACGGAAACGAGAGCGAGAUUAUUGCGACAUGUGUAGAUUACGCUGUUCAGCUUGAAAACACUCAUCUCUUGUUCGGUGCCCUGUGGGAUCUCGUGUCAGAGACACCAGGCUUGAAGGCAAGCUAUCUGAGGGCCCUCGAGGGUCCUCUGUUGGACGGCAGUUUAUCACCGAGACUACCCCCUUCGAUCGUCCAACAAUUCGUCGAGUUGUAUGAUAAGGAGGAUAGAUUGGAACCUCUCCAAUCUGUUAUUGUUCUUCUGGAUGUCGAUUGUUUGGACAUUCAUCAAGUGACAACCAUCUGCAGAAGCAAGUGCCUCUGGGAAGCACUGAUACACCUCCAGACCGCAGCUUUAGGGGAUUUCACCGCCCCAAUUCACCAGCUGGUACCCGUCCUCCAGAAUUUUAUGAUGAAUACUAAAGAAUUACUGCCGAGGGAGUGCAUUAGGCUUGGAAAUGCUCUUCUAGUGUACGCCAGCUGCUGCUUGGCUGGCCGGGGCUUUCCCAGGGGCGAUCUCCCUGAGGAUCAGCCUCAGAAAGCCAAGGUUGAAAUUCUCCGAGCCCUAUUAUCACAACAUUCCAGUCUCGCUGAAGACAACGAGCGUCAGUAUCCAUACCUGAGGACUCUGCUGCGAUUCGAUGCUCGAGGCUUUCUCGACGUCAUCUCCAUGGCCUUUCAAGAGUCUGAAUUUAAGACUGAAAUGGGAUUACGACAGAGACAGAGACUCGUGGAUAUUCUGUUAUCCAUCGUUAUGCCAACGACUCCAGUAUCUCCAGACAGUCCGGACUAUCUCACAAGCAAUCAGAGAGCAACUGUCCUGGUUUUCGUGGCAAAUGAAAUGACAGAGGGAACUGUCACUCUGGAGUCCGGCACUCUGAAUCGAUUAAUCGAGAUCCUCUGCGCCGAUCCUGGAGACAUUGUCACCCGAGAUCAGAAGCUGGAACGAGAGAAUGCACUUCUGGAUCUUCUGAGCACGAAAAAACUAAACGGAAUCACCGAUAACACUAUUUUAUAUUUAUCCCAAAGAGCAAAAUUUUUGAGAGUUGCUGAGGUGGUGUAUACCGCUAGGGACGACUGGAUUUCCGUAUGCAGAUGCAUUAUCGGGGACCACUACAGGCAGCACGAGGUUUGGCAGUGGCUGGAGAGACUACCAAAUGGGGCUCUUCAACCGGUUGUGCUGGCUCACGCCGCGAUUCUUAUCGAGUUAGACGCCGACAGAGUUGCUGGAUUUAUCAACAGGAUUCCUGCCAAAUUGUCCGCUGUCUUAGAUAAGCUGAAGAACGAUCCGAGACUAGAAUUCGCACUGUUGUCCUCGUUGUAUCACAGUAAUCAGUUCAGGGAGGAGGAGGAGAGCAAGGUGGAACUUACGACACAACAUCUCGAAAGGUUUCUCACUCUCAUGUGCCAAUACGAUCGUGAUGCUGUUGUUGAUCAUGUCAAGGGUAUGCACGGCUGCAGACUGGAUGAGGCUCUGAGGAUCGUGAGAGAGGCCGGGCACAAAGAAGGGAUUGCCGUCAUGCUGGAGAAGAUGGGCAACUAUCAAGAGGCUUUCGAGCUUCUUCAUGGCGGCUUGCAAGAACGACUGGGGCUGUAUCAUGAGGGAAUGAUGGGGGAAGAAGAUGUGGUCAAGAUGACGCAGCAGGUUGCAGGACUGUGCAGGCGGGCUGCAGGGAACCUUGACUGGAUGCCACUGGUGGAGAGUGUACUACAGCCCCAGUCCGGGGGAAGCCAGAAGGUCGAGAUGCUUAGGGGACGACUUCUCAAGGUUGUGCUGGAGGCCUUGAGUGGCACUACUGCGCUCUCCAUGAUUUUGGAGAAAAUUCUUAAGCAUCCCUUGGCCACCUCCGGGACCAUUGGAGAUAUCCGGCAACUUCUCACGGGAGUCUUGACGCAUUCCAGGUACGAACAGGUUCUCGUGGAGACAACGGCGAGGCUCGUCAGCUUGGAGCUGCACGAGGCACUCAAGAAGACGCUCAGAGAUUCUGGAAGAGCAUGUGCAAGCGCUUCAAUGAUCUGCCCAGUGUGCAGACAGGUGCUAACACAGUCGACAGACUACACAGUGUUCUUUGGCUGCGGCCAUGGCUAUCAUUCUCAGUGUCUAGGAGAGAGAAAGCUCUGUUAUAAGUGCCUGAACGAUAAGGGAUGGGCACCAGUUGCAACAAAUUACGAUAUGCCAAACCCGAGGGCUCCUGAGAGACCCCAAAUACUACCACCAGCCUUCAUGCGUCGACGUGAACUCACCCUCAGACUCGGCGCACCAACAGUACUGCCCGAUCUCGAGGGGAUUCUUUGAAAAUUAUUCUAAUUCAAUGUAAAUCUAGUCUCAAAUCAUUCAGAAACAUCCCAGGAUACUAAUCUGAUACUCAACACCUUCGAAUUUGUAUAUUGAUUGUUAUUUUGUCUCGUAAUUUUUCUCUAUAUCGGGACUAUGCGGUGUCAUUGUAUGAUAUUUAUAAAUCUAUUGAUAGAAUUUAUGAUUAAUAGGAGAGAGUUUAUCGUUCUAAUUGAUUUUAAAGAAGGAACCCAGAAUAAAAGAAGCCAAGAGAA